CUGGGUGUGGUGACGAAGACUGCGAGACUCACAUCUCAGCCAGAGCAGAGGCAUGGGGCUGCUGAUAGCACUAGGUCUGAUUGGAAUGGAGCUUGUUGUGGUGACCUCAGUUUACACAAAUAACACCAAAUUUUUACCUCCACCGCAAUUAUCGUUGAUGACUUCAGGAACCAUCUAUAUGGGCCAAAACGUAGAAAUGCAAUGCACAGCGCCAGCAGAUCACCCAGAAGGCAAAUUCUUCCUGAAAGCCUACAGCAGUGGGCAGAAUCUCCAGACAGUACAAGCUCCUGAGACAAGAAAUAGCGUGAGCUUUACUAUUGAAAGUUCUUACACCCUGAAGUCAAUAGAGUAUGUCUGUCAGUACCAGUGCUAUGUGGGAACAGAGAUCCAGACAUCCGAACUCAGCAAUAUCCUCUCCAUGACUCUUUCUGUUCCGGUGUGGGUCUUUGUUUUGGUCGGACUGGUUGGCCUUCUGAUCCUUGUGGCUUUGGUAUUGGUGACUUUAUGCCUGGUGAGAAGAAAUAAAAGGAAGAAACAGGAACAGAGAGAAUCUUCAGUCUGGAUUGACCAAAAUAUGACCACAGAUUGGUCAGAUGGUAACCACAACGUUGUCUUUUCUUUGAAUUCUACCUCCAAGACUGACAUCUCUCAUGCCCACCUGAACAAUAUGGAUUCUCAGACAGAAAGUGGGUCGGCCACACGUUUCAGCACCUUCAGAAUAUGAGCCACCAGACUUCUCAGAUUUGUAAUAACUGUGAUCUCCAUGACUGGGAACCUCAACUUUGGCCUCAUGGUGGAAGAGUCCAAGAAAGUUCCUCAGAGGUCAACGUAUUGCAGUACCGACCUGUGACAUCAUCAUGUCCUACAGCAUUGUGCUACAAGGUGUUAUAAAUGGGAGGCCUGUAUGUUAUUUACUGUCUGGACCAAGUACAGCCCACCGAACUCCUGUCUGGAAUUAUACCUGUGUAUAUUUUUACCAUGGACUUGAAACUUUUCCAUGGAAGGGCAGUGCAAGAACGUAUGUCGCCUCUGAUAUCUCUCGUUAUGACACCAUUGGGCGUCAAUGGAUGAGACAACUUGCCAUGUGUCCUCAAGCAUUAUCCCAAGUUCAUAUCAAGCACCCACUGUUCCUAGCAUAAAAUGAGCCUCAAUCCUUUGCAUCUUCUCAUUGACUUUCUUUCUAGAGCCUCAUGUCUACAAUACCCCAAUGUGAACAUGGACCCAUUUUCUAAGACAUUAUAGGUUACAGUAGAAAAGCAUAAAUCAUUUUUUGAACAACACUUAUUGCUGUAUUUUGGGUGA